UGAAAGGUGCUUCUGAAAUCGCCCUGAGAUAGUUGAAGCAGUGUUCAGCUGAAAAUGGGGAUCUGUUCCGGAUUUUCAGACGUGCCAUGCUGAGGAUCGUACUCUAACGGUAGGAGAUGUGGUAGGAUAUGGUGGCUGGCGUUAGGAUGUGAUACUGGCGUGUGUGGAACUGGUAGGACGUGCAGUGUGAAGCAAAAGGCAUAGUUCGCGGACUCGAUAACCUGGCCACCAUCAUGCUGCUCCUGAUCCUGGCGCUCGUCAGCAUCACGCAGGGGACUCCCCAGAAGCCGAAUCUGGACGCCAUCUUGAACCGAAGGACUGACGUCUACAUCGCCGGCUUCUUUCCUUUUGGGAAGGGCGUGGAAAACUCCAACACUGGUCGCGGGGUGAUGCCGAGCGUGAAGCUGGCGCUGGACCACGUCAACGAGCACGACUCCGUGCUGAGGAACUACCGCCUGCACAUGUGGUGGAACGACACUGAGUGCAACGCCGCAGUGGGGGUGAAAUCCUUCUUCGACAUGAUGCACAGCGGCCCGCACAAGCUGAUGCUGUUCGGCGCUGCGUGCACGCAUGUCACCGACCCCAUCGCGAAGGCUUCCAAGCACUGGCACCUCACACAGUUGUCGUAUGCAGAUACCCAUCCAAUGUUCACCAAGGAAGCUUUCCCAAACUUCUUUCGGAUCGUGCCGUCGGAGAACGCAUUCAAUCUACCUCGAAUCAGGCUGCUGCAGCAUUUCAACUGGACCAGGGUGGGCACUAUCUACCAGAACGAGCCGAGAUACGCACUGGCACACAACCGUCUCCUAGCUGAUCUGGACUCAAACGGAUUUCUCAUAGAAGAAACUCAAAGCUUCGCGACUGAAGUGAGGACUGCCCUCUCCAAACUGAAGGAGAAAGACGUCAGGAUCAUUCUUGGGAAUUUCAACGAGACCUGGGCUGUGAGGAUCUUUUGUGAGGCUUACAAGUUGGAAAUGUACGGACGAGCCUACACAUGGCUCCUGCUGGGUACAUACAGCAGCAAAUGGUGGAUGCGGCGAGCGCCGUGCUCUAAGAGAGACUUGUCCACCGCCCUCGACACUACUAUCCUGACGGACCUUCUGCCUCUAUCGACCACUGGGGAGAUGACUGUUUCAGGGAUUACUGCUAAAGAUUAUCAAGUGGAAUAUGACAGAAGACGAGGCCUAGAAUACUCUAGGUUCCAUGGUUACACCUAUGAUGGUAUUUGGGCAAUGGCAUUAGCCAUACAAACUGUCGCACAGCGAGUGAAGUUGAAAUAUAAAGAGAAAACGGUUCAGGACUUUAGAUAUCGGGAUAAAGAAUGGGAGCAGCUGUUCCUGGAUGCUCUGAGCAACGUCACCUUUGAAGGAGUUACGGGUCCAGUCAGAUUCUACGACAACGAACGCAAGGCGUCUAUACUGCUGAAACAGUUCCAAGGAGACCAAGUGGGAGAAGUCAAGGUUGGGGAAUACUGUGCUGAGAGAGACCACCUCGACCUGACUAGCGGGGAGCCCUUCAAAUGGGUGGGCAAGAAUCCACCCAAAGACCGCACCCUUCGUCUGAUCGAGCACACGCAGGUGAACAUCACCAUCUACUCCGUGCUGGUCUCCUGCUCCAUCCUCGGUAUCCUUCUGGCGACUGGUUUCCUCGCGAUGAACAUACAUUAUAGGAACCAGCGGUACAUUAAAAUGUCUUCACCUCACCUGAACAAUCUGAUCAUCGUGGGCUGCAUGCUGACGUACCUCAGCGUGGUAUUCCUCGGUCUGGAUUCCAGCCUCAGCAGCAUCGCUGCUUUCCCAUACAUCUGUACUGCCAGAGCCUGGCUUUUGAUGGCUGGUUUCAGCCUGGCUUUUGGAGCCAUGUUCUCAAAGACUUGGCGCGUCCACUCCAUCUUCACGGACGUGAAAUUGAACAAAAAGGUAAUCAAGGAUUAUCAACUGUUCAUGGUGGUGGGUGUUCUGCUGGCCAUAGACCUUGCCAUCAUGACCACGUGGCAGAUUUCAGACCCUUUCUACAGGGCAACCAAGCAGAUGGAGCCGUAUCCACAUCCUUCAAGCGAAGAUAUCGUCAUAGUCCAAGAAAACGAGUACUGCCAGUCAGAAAGGAUGACCAUUUUCAUCGGAAUCAUCUAUGCUUACAAGGGUCUUUUGCUGGUUUUCGGAGCGUUCCUGGCGUGGGAAACCCGUCACGUCUCCAUCCCAGCCCUCAACGACUCGAAGCACAUUGGACUGUCAGUCUACAACGUCCUGAUCAUGUGCAUCAUGGGAGCGGCUAUUGCCUUGGUGUUAUCAGAUCACAAGGACGCUCUGUUCGUCCUAAUUGCCAUCUUCAUAAUAUUCUGCACCACGGCUACACUGUGCUUGGUGUUUGUGCCAAAGCUCCUAGAACUCCGCCGCAACGGCCAACCAGGAGCAGCGCCCAGCAGGAUCAGAGCCACUCUACGACCUGCCUCCACUCACGAGUGCAGGUCUCCAGGUCCUGAGCUCGAGAGGAGGUUGAAGGAACUAAGGCAGUACAACAAUCGAUAUCGGCGCACGCUGCAGGCGAAGGAAAAUGAACUACAGAUGCUGCUUAGCAAACUUGGAAGUGAUGCAGGCUCAGAAUCUUCAACCCGGGACUCUAGAUCUCCUGCAACACAGAGGACCAGGCUUCCAGUGCCUAAAGACAACAUUAGCCAUCCAGAAACCAGUGAUAUUACGUCAGUCUGCAGUCUCAGUGCCUCAGCUGGAGCAGAAGCGGAAUACAUCAACCUACAGAAUCAACAAUCUGCUGAAAAGCCAAAGCCUUCAGCUCCUCCAGAACCAUUGAAGGAACCACCUCCCAAAGAGCCAAAGAAGGAGCAAACCAAGAACGUUUCCUUCAAGAAUCACUUGGACUACACCAGCCCACCUGCUUCAAAAGCUGUUCCUGAAAAGGAUCAGUUGGCAAAACUGCCUUAUGGGUGGACAGCUGAGGUGGAUAACGUAGAACCCACGUCCAAAAUGUCCACCAAGAUGUCGGAGCCUAUCAAGGCCGAAACUAAAACCAUAUCCGCCCUGAAACCCAGCGACACCCCCACUGCCAAAUCGAUGCCUGCCAAAAUCCAAGAGCCAAUGUACACGAAAGCUGCAACUCCUAAAGUAAACAAGACUCCAGAACUCCAAAAGAAGACCGUCAAGACCCAAGAUUCCUUAACCAAGACGACUCCAUCCAGGGAUCAUAAGUCUGCACCCCGAGGGCACAGGAGGAUGUCCAGCCUCAGUCAGGGGGCUUUGCUGACUGACCUGAUGCACGUGUCAGUAGACCAGGACGACCUCGAGCCUCCGCCUGGCUUGGAGAGGAAGGUCAUAGGUCAAGAGAGAGAUCCGCCUCCUCCAUUGAAGCCGAAGGUAGAGCCAGAAGACAUACUGGACACUGAUCACGACUAUUCCUCGUCAGAGAGGAGAAAAUCAUGCCAAAGAAAAGAUUCAGAGCGGAAAAAGAAAGAAAACUUCAUUGUGGUGCAAAGUGACCUCUGGGACACGAAUACCUUCCAGUAUACAUGCCAGAAGACUCCACCACCAGUUACUACGAGUCACCACCAUUCUCCGAUGCAACGAAGUGUAUCAGAAAAAAGUCGACAGCAACCUUCUCCACAUCAUCACAGAGAAUCUGACACAAGAAGUAUGGAAAGAAGAGCUUCUAAUGCUUCAAUAAAUUAUGCUGGUACAACACGAGGUGGCACUCCUGAAGGUUAUCGAGAAGCAGAAACCCUUAGAAUGACAGAUCGUUUAGCAAAACGCCGAGGUUCUGAAUUCCCACAGCCAGUGAGCACCCCACCACAUCAAAGUCAAGCCAAGAGAAGGCAAUCUUCAGCUCAAGUAAGGCCUUACCAAGAAGAACGAAUAGAAAAAACAGAAACACCGCGAAGACAUGAUGAUAUUCCAAGAAAGCCUCUUCCUGAAGUUCCACAGGAAAAUGAUUCUUAUAAACCAGACCCUGACACUAUCAGGGUAACAAAAAGUCAAGAUUCUCCUGCAAAGAGGUUAAGGCAAGAAGCUGAGCCCUUGAAAAGGGCUAAAGGGGUUGGUGACUCUCCUAGGUUAACGCAAGCAUCACAUCAACCCAGGCCGGAUCAUCAUAAGAGUAGUCCAAAUGUAGCAUCUAGACACAAAACAGGUUCUCCAAAUAAUCGCGAAGAACGCAAGUCCGCCACUUACAGCAGAGGAGACUCUAAGCGCCAAGAGUCUGUGGAGCAGCGUAAGAUGUAUACCGCGAGUUCAGAGUCUGAACUGUUUGAAUGCGCAAUUUUACCCAUCUUUCACAAACUACUUACUGAAAGGCACAAAAGUCAGCCACACGGUCUCAAUCUUACUUAUGGUGUCAGUUGUCCGAAUAUUUCGAUAAAGUGCGAUAUAGUAGAGUAUUUGUAAAAGUGUGAAUAUUUUAGGACAAUUACGAACUUUGUUGAGGAUUGUUGUUACUAAUGUGAAACCUGCGAUGUAAUGAAAUGCAACAGUGAGUAGUGCCUGCAUAGUACUUACUUAAUGUGCACUCACUAAGUACAAGCUAAAGCCAGGUGGCCUAAUCAACAUAAUUGUUUGAUUAUUUGUUGUAAUUUACCGAGAUUAGGUUGUCGUAGCAUUUACUUAAACUGUUUUUUUUUUUGCGAGAUCUACCACUGCUAUGUAUCAUGCGAUAAAUUCAAAGUUAGUCCCAUUACUGUUAGUAUUGAUGUGUAAAUUCAAUAAAUUCAUUAUGAAUUAGGUAAUAUUUAGAUGAAUUUGUAAAAGAAAUGUACGUAUAUUUAAGUAAAUAAUUCAACGACAAGUUCGCUCACGGGUCUUUAAUAGUAAUUGUAAAAAGUAAAUUAUGUAACUUAUUACAUACCUCCUACCUUUUUUCAUACAUCGAAUGUGGGUAGUGCACAAAAUACUUGUUUUAUGUAACUAAACGCACAUUAAUUUCAGAAUGUUAAAAAAUUGUACAAACACAACAACAGAAACACUUUUUAACUAAGAAGUGGAACGAAAUUAAUUAUCAACUGUCAUUGUGGUAUUGCCUAUUUAUUAAAAAAAAAUUGUCUGUCAAUUAAUCCGUCUAAUUUUAAUUGAAAAAAAAAAACAACAAAGUUAAUCAGUGCAGUGCAUGAAACGCUAACUAGAGAGUUAUAAUAAUCACUAAACUACUUAGUCGAAGUUGAUCUUACUUUAUUUUAAAAUACCUAACUGUAAUGUUUUUUACAUUUUAAAGCACGGUAACUAUACUGUCCUUUUAUUUACCUACUUAUGUGAUAAUAAUCUAGUCAUUAGUUUUUAAUGUGUUCAAUGUAUUUUUUAAAUCACAUCCUUCUAUAGAAAAGGACAUUAUUCAAAACCCUAAUGCGAUUCAAUACCAAUAAAAUUUGUUAAGGUACCUCU